AUGCGCGUGGGCCCGGGUGGCGAGCCGCACGGCGCACAUCGCACGGCUCCCGCGGCCCCGACUGCCCUAUCGAACGGUCGUCGUCGUCUCCACGACCGGGCCGAGAUCUCGCCUCCGCUCCCUAUCCCGUCUGACGACGUGGGCCCCUCUGUUCCUCCAAUUGGAAUACUUGCAGUAGGAAUUGCUCUUCGAAAUUCUCUUCAAUGGUUUGGUUUCUUCCUUGAUGAACGUCUCGAUGUAAUCUUGUUAACGAAAUCUUGGGUUUUUGGCAAGGUGGGGUAUGCGUUCCAUUACAAGAAGAAGAGUGUCAUCAAGACAGAGGAGGAAGAGGAAAGCUUACUUGGUAAGAUAAGGGGGAGGGGAAGGCGGAGGAGCGUGGCGAAGGCGGGGGGAUCGGGAUGGGUGGAGUUACUGCUGCGGAGCAAGUUCUUCGGGGUGUGCGAGGAGCACAAGGAGACGCGGAAGAGCGAGGAGAACAUCUACUGCGUCGACUGCGGGCGCCGCAUGUGCCCCCACUGUGUCGCUGGGCCUGCUUGCCCCCACCGCGCCCACCGCCUCCUCCAGAUCCGCCGCUACGUCUACCAGGACGUCGUCCGCGUCCACGACAUGCAGAAGCUCCUCGACUGCUCCCGAGUCCAGCCGUACACCGUGAACGGCGCCAAAGUGGUGCUGCUGAAUCCCAGGACGCAAUCAAAGCCGUCCAAGUCGAACGCGGGCGGGUCCGCCUGCCAGCUCUGCCGUCGAUCCAUCUCGGAGCUCAAUCGAUACUGCUCCAUCGCUUGCAUGGCCGACGUGGAAGGAGCCGCGGCGCCCGGGCCCAUCGGAUGCAACCCAUCGGAGCCGUUCCUUCCGACUCUGACGGCAGGGCUCGAGGGGUCGCAGUCCCCGUCGUGCUCGUUCUCGCCUCAGCCGUCCGAUGCGUGCCGAGUCGAUUUCCACCCUCGGAUCACCGAGCCCCCCUCUCCGAAGGUCCAUAGAAGGAAAGGACGCCCUCGCCGGGCCCCACUUUUGUGAGCUUCUGCUUUAAUCUUUAUUGAGUUCGAUUAAAACGUUGAAUUAUUUGAUAUGCUUCAAAGAAAUAGCACAAGUGACGGCAAUGA